GUCUGCUCAUGGCUAAACUUAGGAACCUCAUGCUUUUUCUUUUCUCGUGUCUCUGCAUGGAAUCACCGUAUUCUUCUUGUCAAGAAAUCUAUUCAUUGAAGCAAGGGCAACAGAUGAGAGAUGAGGAGCAUCUACUUUCUGAAAAUGGUAUCUUCAAAUUAGGCUUCUUCAACCCUAGCUAUUCAAGUGACUACUACUUAGGAAUAUGGUACAGUAAACUACCAAAAAAUCCAGAAUCAGUCUGGGUGGCAAACCCAGAUUAUCCAAUCUAUAAAUCAGCUGGAGUUCUUACGUUAGACAACGAAGGAUUGUUGAAGAUCACACAUAAUGGAGGGCAGCCAAUUGUGAUAAAUCCCAAUCAGACAGUGUUGAGUAACGUGACAGCAACUCUCUUGGAUUCUGGAAACCUAGUGCUAACAGAAGUUUAUUCUAAUGGAAGAGCAGGGCGAGUCUUGUGGCAAAGUUUUGAUCAUCCAACCAACACACUACUGCCCGGAAUGAAACUAGGCUUGAACCGGAAGACUGGACAAAGUUGGGCACUAAAUUCAUGGUUGAGUAGCCAGGUCCCUGCACCAGGGGCUUUCAGGCUAGGCGUGGAUCCUGGUAGUGCUGACCAGUUGAUUGUCUGGCAGCGAGGGGAUGUAUAUUGGACUAGUGGGGUCUGGAAUAAGGGGAGCUUCCAAAUGGCUCCUGAUCUGAAAAGGAGUCUUGAUGUGUAUGAAUUCAGUUUUGUGUCAAAAGAGGAUGAGAAAUACUUCUCUUACAAAGUUAAGAACAAUACUACUAUCUCAAGGUGGGAGCUGAAUUCUUGGGGGCAGAUCGUGCAGUUCACUUUAGAUGUGGAUGGUACUACAUGGAAAAACACAACCACUAGUCCAUGUCAAUUUAAUGUGAACUAUCCAAAUGCUGUGUGCAUAGAGCAGAAUCACACAGAAUGCAGGAACGGUUCUGAGUUGUUUGUGCCAAAAAAAGGCUAUUACAAGGAAACUAAAUUGAAGUAUUUUCAUUAUAAUUCCAGCUUGGCUCUCAGUGAUUGUCACUAUAGCUGUUGGAAUAAUUGCUCUUGCAUUGCUUAUAAAAACCAUUUUGACAAUGGUACUGGAUGUGAGUUUUGGAAUAAGGACGCAAAUUUCAUUAUGAAUGAGAACUUUCCAGCAAUAUACAUCCAUGAGCUAGGAAAUAAUAAAGAGGGUACACCCACUGAAGGAGGCACAAGGGAAAAUUCCGCAGGAAGCACAAAGGAGUUGUGGUGGAUAUGGUGCAUUGUUGCCAUUAUAGCUGGUCUAGCAAUCCUACUUUUGGGUUAUUUGUGCUACAGGAGGAGAAAACUUGGACUCUUGCAACAAGAUGAAGGGAAAACAAGCCAGGACAAGGGAUUACUUGAGUUAAGAUCCCUAAUUUUCAACAAAUUUAACGAUAAGAUCAAAAGAGACAGAAAGAAGGGCAAUGAGGUUCAAUUAUUUAGUUUUCCUGAAAUAUUGGCCGCAACUAAUCACUUCUCAUUUUCCAACAAGCUUGGAGAGGGAGGUUUUGGACCAGUUUACAAGGGUUUAUUACAAGAUGGACAGCAGUUUGCAGUAAAAAGACUUGCAAGAGAUUCUGGACAAGGGCUCAAAGAAUUCAUGAAUGAGAUUACACUAAUAGCUGAACUUCAACAUGUCAAUCUUGUUAGGCUUUUGGGUUGUUGUAUUCACGAAGAAGAAAAUAUGUUGAUUUAUGAGUACAUGCCAAAUAAAAGCUUGGAUUCCUUCAUUUUUGAUCCCACUAAAAGAAAACUUCUCGACUGGAGAAAACGUGUCAGCAUUACUAAAGGAGUUGCACAAGGACUUCUUUAUCUUCACAAAUAUUCCAGACUAAGAGUAAUACAUAGAGACUUGAAACCUAGUAACAUUUUACUUGACGAUGACAUGAACCCUAAAAUAUCAGAUUUUGGUAUGGCUAGAAUUUUUGGACAGAACGAAAGCAGAGCAAAUACUAAGAGGGUUGUUGGGACAUAUGGCUAUAUGUCUCCUGAGUAUGCCAUGAAUGGCAUUUUCUCCGAGAAAUCUGAUAUUUAUAGUUUUGGAGUCCUAAUGCUAGAGAUCGUGAGUGGCAAGAAAAGCUCAGUUUUUUCUUCAUCCAGCAGUAUCACUCUUAUAGAACAAGCAUGGGAUUUGUGGAAGCGAGGCGAUAUUCUUGAAUUGAUGGAUCCAUCACUGGACUCCUCAUGUCCCAAAAGUGAACUGUUCAGAUACAUCCACAUUGGUCUCCUAUGUGUGCAAGAGCGUGCAACGGAUAGACCAACUAUGUCAGAUAUCAUCCCCAUGCUCGCAAAUGAGGCUGUGUUCCUGCCUGAUCCAAAACAACUUGAGAAAACUGAAGCUGGGUUAACAUUGCCUGGUGGAAAGAUGGACAUUAAUUCGGUAAAUUGUGUAUCUAUAACUGUUAUGGAAGCCAGAUAGAGCCUUUUUUGUUGUAUGGUAAGUGACAAGAAGCCAGAUAGAGCUACUAAAAAAAACACGAUGAAUCUAUAAAUUCUGAGGUAGAAUUUUGUAUAUGUUACAUGUAA